UGAGUAUAAACCAAGAAACCCAAAUUGUGUAAGUUAACAAAACCCACACUCACACUCACUCUUUUUGAGUCAAAUCAAAACACAUUUUAGCUUCAGAUUCCCAACAACCUAGCUCGUUAUAUAUAUACAUCUACAUAUAUAACAAAUCACCAAUCUAUAAUCAUCAACAUGCGAUCUACACAACAACACCACUUUUGAAACAAACAAAAAAUAAAAUAAAAUAUUAUUUAUGGCCAAACAAUCCACAUCAGGUUUCUUAACAUCAUCAGCACCCUGUUUCCAGAAGAAACACUGGCUGUUACUUCUGUUAGCAAUGCUGUCUGUUUCAACAGCUGUUGCUUUUAUAAUUAGGGCUGCUUAUGAUUCUUCUUGUGAUAAUCAUUCUCCUCAACAAUAUGAACAUUUUAAUGUUGUCGGUAAUCGGCCGAAAUCGAGUGAAGCUGAAACAAGUACUAGUCCACUCAGUUUCAUGAAAUCUAAACGUGUUCUUCUUGUUUCACAUGAACUCUCCCUUUCUGGUGGUCCAUUGCUUUUAAUGGAACUGGCAUUUUUAUUGCGUGGUGUUGGUGCCGAAGUUUACUGGAUAACAAAUCAAAAACCAUCUGGAACAGAUGAGGUGAUAUACAACCUGGAGAACAAGAUGUUGGACCGUGGAGUGCAGGUUUUCUCUGCCAAGGGUCAAGAAGCUAUAGAUACAGCCCUAAAAGCUGAUUUAGUAGUUUUAAACACUGCUGUUGCUGGAAAAUGGCUUGAUGCUGUAUUGAACAAAGAUGUUCCUCGUGUACUGCCAAAGGUGUUAUGGUGGAUUCACGAAAUGCGAGGCCAUUACUUCAAAUUGGACUAUGUCAAACACCUUCCUUUUGUUGCUGGCUCUAUGAUUGAUUCCCAUGUAACAGCUGAAUAUUGGGAGAACAGGACUCAAGAACGCUUAAAAAUUAAGAUGCCAAAGACAUAUGUUGUUCACCUUGGUAAUAGCAAAGAACUUAUGGAUGUUGCUGAAGAUAAUGUGGCCAAUAGGGUUUUGAGAGAGCAUGUCCGAGAGUCCCUUGGGGUGCGGAAUGAUGACAUACUAUAUGCUGCUAUCAACAGUGUUUCACGGGGAAAAGGUCAAGACUUAUUUCUACGUUCAUUUUAUGAGAGCUUACAAUUGAUCCAAGAAAAGAAGCUACAAGUGCCAUCAAUACAUGCAGUGAUUGUAGGGAGUGAUAUGAGUGUCCAAACAAAAUUUGAAACAGAACUUAGGGAUUUUGUAGCACAGAAGAAAAUCCAACAUCGAGUUCAUUUUGUGAAUAAAACUCUUACUGUUGCCCCGUAUCUAGCAGCAAUCGAUGUCUUAGUUCAGAAUUCUCAGGGCCGAGGAGAAUGUUUUGGAAGGAUAACAAUUGAAGCUAUGGCAUUCCAGUUACCUGUAUUGGGAACAUCAGCAGGAGGGACUGCAGAAAUUGUGGUGAACGGGUCAACAGGGUUUCUGCAUCCUGCUGGAAAAGAAGGGGUGACUCCUCUAGCUUUAAAUAUUGUGAAACUUGCUACACAUGUGGAAAAGAGGCUAACGAUGGGGAAAAGAGGGUAUGAGAGGGUGAAACAAAUGUUUUUAGAGCGACAUAUGGCAGAUAGAAUUGCUGGUGUUCUAAAGGAUGUAUUGCAAACGGCAAAGGGCCACCAUUAAUGUCGAUUUUCUCCUGAAAAGGUUUUUUGUAUAUUAGAUAGAGUAUAGCAAAGUUGUUGUCUUCUGCACGAGUUUUAUGUUUGUUGGUCUGUAAUCAGAAUUGCAAAGGACAGCAAUCUAUAGUUGAUUCAUGUUUAGUUGAACUGCAUAUAUAAAAAUUUCUUUUGUA